CCCAAACAGGAAGUGAGUGUAACAGCGUGACUACACGAAACGCUACACAUGUUGCUGUUUAGUAGAUUUAUCAGCCAAGCUAAGAAAACACCGAAAGCACAGUUUCAGCAACAUGGCACCUACAGAUUUCAAAAACUUGGUCCGAAGAUUUUACGUACUUCAAACUGAGCGUGUGGAGGCAUACAAGCUAUUUGAGGAGGGUCAUGAGGCAUACUUAAGGACGGGGCCCCACUAUGACUUCGAGCACUACAAACAGCUGGUACAUGAGAUAACGAAAGCAUUCUGCGGCAUUUCCAAAGAGGUUCUGGAGAUUAAAGAGCAACUGCAUCAAGACUUCGACCGGCCCGACCUCUCCGAACACAUUGACAAACUGCAGAUUAAAGAGAAGGAGAAGCUAGAGCUGACAGCGAAGUUACAGUUGGCGAAGCAGAAUGCCCAGGAUCACCCAGAAGAUGAGGAUUUUCAAGAGAAAGUCCGUGAGAUCAAACAGAAUAUCAUAAAGAAUACGGCCGCUCUGAGUGAGAUUCUUCAAGACUUCAAGUAUGACUCAGAGGAGCCGGAGUGAGAUUCAGUCCGUCUCAGAAGACAGAGAUGGAUUCAGAUCCUCCAUGAACUUUCCUUUCUAAAGAAGAGUCAUCUGAGGUAUCGAUCGCUGUCUCGGGCGUUGUAUAGACAGAGUGCAUUGCAGCUGACCCAGGCUUUGCAAUGCAUAUUUUUGUUAAACAGAGUUUGGCAUCUUUUAUUUACAGUAAUUAUUUUGUA